AUGCCUUCUUCAGAGAUUCCUGAACUUUCUAGUUCAAAUAAGAGCGCAUCGUCUUCCAAGGCAAAGGCAGAGGAGAGCAUUAAGGAUUUUGCAAUUGAAAAGCCCACUACAACAGAAGCUGUGGGGGAGGUGGACAUUGCAGCAGGUGAUUUGCUUUAUGAUGGUGAAUUUAAUUAUACAGAGAAAGAAGCCCGGAAAGUUCUUUGGAAGAUUGAUCUUGUAUUGAUGCCAACAAUGUGUAUUACAUAUAUGAUUCAAUAUUUAGACAAGACGGCCUUGUCUUAUGCUGCUCUUUACGGUAUGAAAAAUGAUACACAUAUUAGUGGUCAGACUUAUAGUAGUAUGACUACGCUGUUUUAUGUUGGCUACCUGGUAGCUCAAUACCCUGCCGCCUAUAUCAUGCAGAAAGUUCCUCUUACCCUUUUUAUUUUCGUUAAUGUGAUCCUUUGGAGCGCCAUGGUUUGCCUAAUGGCUGCUUGUCGUAAUGGCUCCUCUCUUUUAGCUCUUCGAUUUUUAGCCGGUGUAUUUGAAGCUUCUAUUACACCGGCAUUCAUCAAUAUCACUUCUAUGUGGUAUAAACGUGAAGAGCAACCCAUGAGAACUCUCUGUUGGUAUGCAUUCAACGGUACCGCCCAGAUCGUCGGGUCCAUUUUAUCGUAUGGUUUGGGUCAUAUUCAUCACAGAAUUUCCUCUUGGAGAUACAUAUUUAUUGUCAUAGGCUUACUUUCUCUGGUUUGGGGGCUCGUUUUCAUGUUCAUUCCCAGUAAUCCCACCAAAGCACGUUUCCUAACUUCUCAUGAGCGACGGAUCGCUUUGGAAAGGGUUAGAGAUAAUAGGACUGGUUUGGAAAACAAGACAUUCAAAAUUUCUCAAGCCUGGGAAACAUUUCGUGAUCCUCAAGUUAUCAUGAUCACUUUGUUUACUGGUAUUUGCAUGAUUACCAAUGGUAUAGGUGUCUUCAGUACUUUAAUUAUCAACGGACUCGGAUAUAAUGAACUGAAAUCAGCUGUCCUCAACAUGCCCUUGGGUGCCAUUGAAAUUGCUGCCAUGGUUGUCAGUGGUAUUCUCUGCAAGAUUUUCAAGGAGGGACGUUUGUUGAUUGGUGCUUUUUGUAAUUGCUUGAAUUUGGUUGGAUGUAUCAUGAUUUGGAAAAUCCCCCAAUCUAAUCCUUAUGGCCGCUUGGUGGGCGUAUGGUUCACUAUGUGGGUACCUGCAGGCACUGCCUUGUUGUUGUCACUCAUUUCUUCUAACGUUGCUGGCUCCACGAAAAAAAGCGUUACGAAUGCCACUGUCUUUGUUUUUUAUUCCGUAGGAAACAUCGUCUCUCCACAACUGUUCAAGUCUGGACAAACCCCAGAGUAUAUUGAAGGCAUCCAAGCUAUGAUUGUCGCUCUUUGUUUGAUUAUUUUCAUAGCCUUCUUAUUAACUGGAUAUUAUCUUUAUGAAAACAAGAGGAGAGAUAAUGUCAUGGCGAACGAUCCUUCUACAGCGUACUCUGUUAAUAACGAAGAGUUUAUGGAUCUCACUGACCGUGAGCAAAUCAAGUUUCGGUAUCGUUGGUAA